CCCCUCCCCUUUCCCCGUUCCCCCUCACCCCCCAUAGUUGCUCCAGGUGUUUCAGGGAUCCCAGCUCUGCCCUCUGCUUUUUUAAAAAAAAAAUAAAAAAUCUCGAGUCAUUUAUGUGAGUGAAGCCGCAUCGGAGGAAACAUGAUCGAGCAAGGAAAGAAGCUGAUUCUGAUCGUGGUGGAUAUUCUUUGUGUCUUUGUCGCGGCUCUGCCGUCGGCCAUCCUGACGCUGAUGUUCAGCCCCUACCAGAGAGGAAUCUACUGCGAUGACAAGAGCAUCAGCCAUCCAUACAGGAGAGACACCAUCUCCCAUGGGGCCAUGGCUGCGGUCACCAUCACCUGCUCCAUAGUCAUUAUCACCACAGGAGAGGCCUAUCUGGUGCACACCAAACAGCUCCACUCCAACUCCCAGUUCAACCAGUACCUCUCCGCACUAUACAAGGUGGUGGGCACCUUCCUGUUCGGAGGCGCCGUCAGCCAAUCACUGACCGACCUGGCCAAGUUCACCAUAGGUCGCCCCCGUCCAAACUUUUUAGCCGUGUGCGCCCCGGUCAGCUGCAACGGAUACAUGCUGCAUAUCAACUGCACCGGCAACCCUCGCAAUGUGACUGAAUCCAGGUUGUCCUUCUACUCUGGCCACUCGUCCUUUGGGAUGUACUGCAUGCUCUUUCUGUCGUUCUACGUCCAGGCUCGGAUGAAGGGGAAGUGGACGCGCCUGGUUCGACCAACCAUCCAAUUCUUCCUGCUGGCGUUUGCUCUGUAUGUGGGAUAUACGCGUGUUUCUGACUACAAACAUCACUGGAGCGAUGUCCUGGUGGGGCUGCUGCAGGGAGCUCUUAUCGCGGUUCUCACUGUCCGAUACGUGUCCGACUUCUUUAAGCAGCGACCCCCACCCUGCACACGACCAGACACCGCAGAGAUUGAACACCUUGAACGUAAACCGAGCCCGCAGCUCCCCGACUCGCAGCACGGAAACCACUACAACUACUCUGGACCCGUAUGAGCACAUUACUGAACUCGCCACAGCUACUCCUACUAACCUGGGCCUACACUCUAACAGCAGCUAUGUUACAACAGGACGUGUGAUUUGCAAAGAAAAAAAAAAAAAAAAAGAAAAAAAAAAACACACACACACUGCAGUAACCACUAAUUCAGACUAGACCUGCUCCACUCGGGGAUUUCCGAACUAUUUUACAGCUAUGAAAAUUCAGACAUUUUAAAAAACCUGUUGGAGUAGAAGCUCCACUGUCUGUGUGUCUUCCAGUUUGGGUGUGUGUUUUCAAUCACGAUUCAUUUGUGGUGUGUUUUUGUGUACAUGGGAAGUGUGUUGUUCUGUUAGAAAGCGUGCAAUGAUUAUAUAUAUAUAUAACAUAUAUAUACAUAUUUUGUUUUUAAAUAUAUAUUUAUAUAAAUAUACUAUAUAUUUAUAUAAAUAUAUAUAUUAUAUUAAUUAUAUUAAAUAUAUAUAAUUUUUUUUUUUUUAAACUGUGCUGAGUUUCUGCAAAGAAAGUUUCACAUUUGUGGGGGAGAAUUUAUGUCGCGAGUUUGACUGAAAAGUGAGCAAAGACUGCAAAAGAGAUCUGUAAAAUUUCAAGAACACCAACCAAGCAUUUUCCUGUCCUUGAUGGAGUGACGAGAUAUUUUCUACUUUGUUUCCAUUAGAUAAGACUGUUGUUAUUUUAACUACACUGGAGCUUGAUUAUAUCUGCCUGUUGGUCAUUACUUUGUCUAUAUUUUAGUCUACAUUUUACUGUUUUUAGAAGGUAUGUAUUGUGUAACGGUGGACUAUUUUAACUGCCAUUUACAUACACCAUGUAUAGUCCUAACAUUUUUAUUUUGUUAAGACCUACUCUACUAAAUUGUGUAACUUUUAAGAAUGUAUUACCACCACUUUAUGGUGAUGUUAUAGUGAAACUUUGAGCAGGCAACAUUGCUUUGGAUGUUUUUCUUCUCUUCUAGAGACAAACUUUACCUAAAUGAUUUUUUUUUUUAAAAAGGAUGGCCAAGGACAAAUGGAGAAGUUACUGGGGUUUAUUCAUCCCUUAAACCCCCCCCCCAGUUUUCUUGAACCUCAAUUGCUUUUCACUUCAAGUCUGACAUGCACUAAAUACACCUUUCAUGGACCUCUUCCUCCCCUUUAUAAAAACACGUAACGUAUUGUGAAACCGCAUGUAAUGUAAUUAUUUCUUUCCUUCAGCCUGUCAGCUGUUUUGUAUAGUUUCUCCAUAAAGAUAAACCGGCAUGUCA